GCCCUGCCAUUGGCCGCCGAUGAUGUCACCGGGGCCGGCCCUGUCAAUCAAGCACAACAAGGCAGCCUCGCCGCCCGGACCCGGAGCGGCCUGCGACCGGCGACCGGCUCUUCUGACAGCACCGCGGCCGGAUUAACGUCCAUCCCCGCCGCCUGCCGCCUCCCGCCUCCCGCCUCCGAUGUCUCCGUCCCCUCUGGAAGAGCCUCUGCUGAUACGGGUGCUGCAGAGACCCCGGUCGCUGGCGCUGCAUCUCGGCGAGGGGGUGCCCGGCUUUGCGGUCGAGAGAAGCGCAGGGAGCCCGAGGCUGCGCUGCCGGGGCCAGGCGGCGGCGGCGGCGGCGAGGAAGCCUUCGCUCAUGCAGCAGCUGCCCGGCUUGGGGAGGAGAGCGGUGCAGCGCAAAGCAGCCUUGCAGCUGUCGCCGGCCCGGGAGAGGUCCGGCCCCGCCAGCCCGGCGGCCGGCUGCCGGGGCGGCAUGCACCCGCUGAAGUGCGGCUGCCGGGGCUGCUGGCGGCUCCUGCGCCGCGAGGACUCGGGUUCCCCCGCCUCCUGCUCCUCCUGCGUCCCUUGCAAAGCCGGCAUGAGGGCGCUCAGCGGCGGGGCGGCCGCCUCCACGCUGCGGCGGCUCGGCUGCCUGCCCGCCCUCAGCUGCAUCUCCUGCGAGCCGGGCGUCCGGUCGCUGGGAUCGAGCUGCAGCUUCUGCAGCAGCGACCCCAUCGUGACUUACAACCCGAGGGCGGGCGGAGAGGGCGAGGGCAGCGGCCGCCGGCUCUGGCCCGACCCGCUGGCCAAGAAGAUGACCGAGUCCCGGGCGCACCAGCAGACCGGCCUGAUCCUGGACUGCAGCGGCCUGGUGGAGUACACGAAGAUGCAGCUGCACGGUGCCAUCAGCCUGGGCUGGCCCGAGGGGCCGGGUCCGGGCGCAGGACCCGCGGCGGCGGCCGAGCCCGCCAAGCUCACCGUCUUCGACCUGCUCUCCAGCCGGGACGCCAAGCACCGCCGGUGCCAGGACGGGGGCCGGCCGGACUCCGGGCCGGGCAGGUCGGGACGCCCGGCGGUGCCGCACUCGCUGCAGCUAGUGCUCAGUCCGCUCGGCGCGCAGGACAAGGAGGCGAGAGCCGACGCCAGCGAGGGUCCGGUCUCGGGGAGCGAGCCCCCCAGGGGCCUGGAUGCCCGGGGCGCGCCCCUCGACCCGCUGACCCCAGACAUCGAGAGCGCGGAGUUGAGCCCCAUCCUGCCCUUCCUGUACCUGGGCAACGAGCGGGACGCCCAGGACCUGGCGCGCAUGCAGCAGCUUAACGUGGGCUUUGUCAUCAACGUCACCACCCACCUGCCCCUCUACCACGCCCAGGGGGGCGCCCUGCGCUACAAGAGGCUUCCGGCCACCGACAACGGCAAGCAGAACCUCCGGCAGUACUUCGAGGAGGCCUUUGAGUUCAUAGAGGAGGCCCAGGGGUCGGGGAAGGGCGUGCUGAUCCACUGCCAGGCGGGCGUUUCGCGCUCGGCCACCCUGGUCAUUGCCUACCUGAUGAAGCACACGCUGAUGACCAUGACCGACGCCUACAAGUACGUGAAGGGCAAGCGCCCCAUCAUCUCGCCCAACCUCAACUUCAUGGGGCAGCUGCUGGAGUUCGAGAUGGACCUCAACAAGGGGCUGACGCCCCGCAUCCUCACCCCCAAACUCACCGGGCUGGAGACGGAGGUUUAGGUCUGCCCCCCCGGCUGCCUCGGAGCCAGCGGGCAAGGGGGUGCCUGACCCUGAACAGAAACUCCCCGCCCCGUCUCCUCUGAGAGACUCUCACACUGUGACUAACUCCUGCCUGCUGUCUGGUACCCCGGGGAUUUUUCGACAGCCCCUUCCCUCGCCCCCUCCCGCCACAGGGGAGGACGUGUGUCUUCCGGGAGGAAGGAGUGCGGUGGGAGCGGUCCGUUUCCCAUGGCGGAGUUGGGGUUUUGGGGAGGGGGGGGAGUUUAUUCUGAGACUCUUUACUGUGAAUUGUGUUGCUGGGCAGGAGACUGGCCAGACGGCCGUCUCCCCGUCAGCUGGACGCUCUGCUCGGUGGGGAGGGUGCUACCUCUGUGGCUCGAGGCUCGUUUCCUUGAGCCCUCACUGUGCCCCCAGCCCUCCUCACUGCUUGCCGAGGGCAGGCUCCCCCCCUCCCCUGAGGAUGACAGCACUUGGCACCCGCAGGCUCCCCCUGGGUACAGGCGGGCGGAGGGGUUGGGGGGAAGCAGAGACGUGCGUCGCCCAGUGGGUGCAG